AUGCCGGCAGAGAAUAAUGCGGAGAGCAAAGAAGGAAAGGACUGCGCGGACGAUAUGUCUGCAGACGCUGUCUGUACAUCUGCGGGCUUGGGAGAGCCCUCUUCUUCAGUUUCGGACGCGCCGCUCUCCCCUGCCUCUGGCAAGUCUCCGCAGCGGAAGCAAACUCCCGCAGCAGCAGCAGCAGCAGCAGACAUUGUGCACCUCAUAAGCAGCGAGGGAAAGCGGGUGGACGUGCCGCUGAACAUUGCAAAGGAGUGCGAGUUCUUAGAACGCAUGCUCGCGGGGAACUUCACUGAAAGCAAAACGAGAGAACUGAACCUCCCCAGCAUCAGAUACAACACACUGUGCAAAGCAGUGGAGUACUUAAAGCGUAGAUAUCAGUGGCGGGAAGAGGGGGGGGCCCCCCUUGAGUUUGAAAUCGAGCCCGAGAUUGCUAUAGAUCUCCUCAUAGCAGCCGAUUACUUAGGAAUGAAGUGA